AUGACCUCCAUCAUCUCACGACCAGUUGUAGCGAUUGCCGGAGCUACUGGGCACCUCGGACGCCAUGUCGCCUCAGCCUUUCUCUCCCCGCCCUUCAACGACAAAUUCUCUGAUGUCAUUCUCCUCUCGCGAAGCGAAACAUCACUAGAACUGGCUUCAAAGUCUGUCGGAAAAUACACUACGCGGACUUACGAUGAGAAUAACCUCGUCGAUGCCCUCCGUGGAGUCCACAUCCUCGUAAACACCGUCGGACCCUCGGGUCAUUCAUUCAAGGAGAAGCUAUUACACGCCCUCCCACAUACCGACGUCCAAGUUUACUUCCCCUCUGAGUUCGGUGUGGACCAUUACGUUCAUGACUUCUCGCAUCUAGAGUGGGAUACGAAGAAGAAGCAUUUUGCUCUGGCGCGGUCAUUAAUUCCCGAUAGGAAGAUCUGCCGCGUCUUUUGUGGGCUCUUCAUAGAGGACAGCAUUGGGCCAUGGUUUGGCUUCGAUACGAAGGAGGGAAAAUAUGAGAGUAUCGGCUCGGCCAAUUCACCUAUCUCAUUUACUUCCCUAGACGAUGUGGGCAAGGUGGUUGCUUCGCUGGCUACUUUACCAAGGGAUGAGAUCCCCGAUACUGUUCAUAUUGGGGGUGAUACUCGCAGUUUCCUCGAAAUAUCUGAGAUCAUGAGAGAUGGUGGAGCAGGUCAGAUCGAGAUAUCUGAGACUCCUCUCCCGAAGUACAAAGAAGAAGUCACGUCCACGUCUUCAUGGGAUCCGGCACAGUACUUGCGGUUUUUGAUGGGGGAGGCUAAAAUCAACCAUAGUGUCGGGUCUCUUGGGGAUGACAAUGAGCUUGUCAAUCCCAAGGAAGAGUUGUGGAAGUGGAAGAGCCUGACGGAUUUAGCUCGUGAGACUGGUGGAAAGCCCUGGAAAGAUUUCCCUUGGCCUUCGGAAUCUAAAUGA